CCACGAUCCUCCUGAGCAUCGCCUGCGGAUUGCUGCUGGCGGCCCUACCGCUGCUUAUGCUGCGAGUGAGGGCCCUCAUCUUCAAGCCCGCCACCGCCACAUUCAAUGCGCCUGCGCUCAGCAAAGAUAUUCGCGUCAAAAGUCUCUACAUUCAUCCGAUCAAGAGCUGCAAAGGCACGUCAGUCCAAGAGGCUACCUACACGCAUGAUGGCUUGUGUGAGGAUCGCACCUGGCUCAUCAUCGACGCUGAGACGAAACAAUUCCAAACCGCACGCCAACUCUCCCGAAUGCUUCUCAUCCACCCGCACAUCGACUUUGCCCGUGGAGUGCUCCGUAUUGACGUGCCUCUGACCGAGAAGGGCAAGGGCACUAUCAGCGUCGAGACGCCACUGGAACCUACCGAGGAGCAGCUGAGCAAGAUGGAGCUGGUAGAGGGGAUCAAGAUUUGGAUCAGCGAGGUGGAUGGGUAUGCUGUCAGCAAGGAGGCAGACGAGGCGCUGAGUGAGUUCUUCGGACGCUCCGUUCGUCUGGUAAGGAAGGGCCCGACCAAGCGUGCCUCUGGUCCCGACGAUCGCCGUAAUGAUCCCACGCUCAACUUCCAGGACUUCUACCCAAUCCUGGUAGCCAACCAAGCCUCCAUCGAGCACGUUCGCGAGACUCUCAUGCGCUCAAUCUGGCCUUCUCUAUCUAGCAAGGCGGACACUACCAAGGCCGUAGACUCUGCAACCAGCGAGGCGCGCAAGGAGGCAGGAGCAGGGCCAGUCGUGACGGCGCCAGUGGGUCAGGCGGGAUUACCCAGCUGGGGUGUGCCGGCCAUCAAGGCUCCCAACGGCGUCGACUUGGAGUAUUGGAGUCCUGAGCACAUUGAAACCCUCCCUAUCAUCCGCUUCCGCCCUAACAUCCUCCUCGAGUCGCCGGACCUUCUCCCCUGGGAAGAGGACGGCUUCACCGAGCUCGAGAUCUUCGACACCGCCUCGUCUUCUGCCAACACUCCCCCGUAUGGUGCUUCUGCUAUCGGCGCUGGCCGCUUCGGAAUAACGUGCAUGGCGCGCUGCGGCCGAUGCUUGGUCACCACAAUUGACCCGGAGACUGGCGUAAAGGACAAGCCGAGCAGCAGCUUACCGUACAAGGUGCUCCAAGGGUUCAGACGAGUGGAGCCGCAAAGCCUGAAGACGGGCAAGCCCUGCUUCGGGAUGCUAUCAGCUAUCAAGGAUGAUCAAAGGGGGGAGAGAUUGGGACAGACGAUCAGGGUGGGAGAUACUGUGCGGGUCGUAGGGGCGAUGGACCCGCGAGGAAGAGCGGCUACGCAGAAGUGAGGGUCCACUUCAAGUUUCCUUCGUCAUUAUUGUCAUCGCAAUGCCAUGCCUUCCGAAUCUGGCCGCAGCAGACCUGUAUUGAUCAUUCUCAAUUGUUCACC